AUGGACAACCGCACUUAUCUCUGGCUUUUCCUCACCAUCGAUAUAAUUGAGAAGUCUCCGAGCAAUUUCCGCAGGAAGUCUGACAUAGAUUCACUAUUAUCCAACCUGCCUUCGGAAAUUUCUGACGCCUAUGAAACGAUUUUGAGGAGGAGUACAGCUAAUUUCAAAGCUCGAAUCCUACUUGAACUCAUUGUCGCUGCGACGAGGCCCCUUAGCCUUGAGGAAGCAAACAUGGCGUUGGCAAUAGCAACUCGUAAAGAAAGUUGCAGAUCACAGAGCGCCCUUGAGUUGUGGCCCCAACAGAGUUUUGCAGCUACUGUCCAAAACAUGUGCGGCCUCUUCGUCAGCGUUCAUGACGGAAAGCUAUUUUUGAUCCAUCAGACUGCAAGAGAAUUCCUGACCAGGACAUUUGAACCGGCUAGUACCAAGUUGCACAAAUGGAAAGGAUACUUGGACAUGGCAGCUGCUCAUGGUACAAUGUCUCGAAUCUGUCUCGACUACCUCAAUUUUCAGGACAUUGCUAGUUUCCAUCAAAGCCAGCUAGGUCAAGGCGGCUAUGCCGAAUCAACAAAUGAAUAUUACCUUCUCGACUACGCCGCUAACAAUUGGGCAACUCACUAUACUUCUCAACCUGCUGAGCUCGCCAAAGUUUCACAACAAGCUGCUAUGAGGCUCUGCAAUAAAUCGUCACUACAAUUAUACUGGUUUGCAAUCUAUUGUGCCUCGAGAGAUGUAAACCCUUCAGAAGUGUGUGCCGGAUUAGGGAUUGCGUCUUUUCUUGGGUUCACAUACGUUGCUGAAGGGUUCCUGAAUGAAGGAGCUGAUGUGAACGCUCAAUGUGGGGAAUUGGGUCAUGCAUUGCGGAUGGCGUCGUUGGAAGGUCAUGAUGAAACAGUAGGAAUGUUACUCCGUAGAGGGGCUGACAUCAAUCUUAAAGGCGGUAUUUAUCGUGAAAAUGCACUGGAGGCGGCGUCAGGCAGAGGUCAUGAUCAAGUAGUGCGAGUUUUGCUUGAUAGUGGGGCUACCGAUGUUGAUGGAGAAGCACUAUACGCGGCGUCAUCCGAAGGUUAUGAUCAAAUAGUGCAGAUGCUACUCGACAGUGGGGCUGCCGAUGCUGCUGGAGAAGCACUGAGCGCGGCGUCAGGCAGAGGUGACGAUCAAAUUGUGCAGAUGAUACUCGACAGGAGUGGGAUAUUUUUAACGCUCAGGGUGAAGCGUAUAACAGAGCACUGA